AGGUAUCGCACACAUGCUGUGCAAGCUGUUGAAACCUGCGAGGUCGUGAAAUGAACUUGCUUCUGCCCAUAGGCACUGGAAGAUAGCUGUGCGACCUGUGACUUUGAUGCAAUACCUUAGCUGUAAGACUAAAACACUUACUCCGUCGGGGUCUCACGCAGUCGUCGCGGUCCCGCGCCGUCCCGCGCACCGGGCUCCUGCCCUGCUGCGCAGAGGAGCUCAGCAGCAGUCAAAGCUUCGGGCCAGUGCAGGGGAGCAAGCAAAGAUGGGGCGCAAAGUCACGAUCGCCAUUGAGGGCUGCGGCCACGGCGAGCUGGACAAGAUCUACGCCACGCUGCAGCUGCUGGAGCAGCGCGAGGGCAAGAAGAUAGACCUGCUCAUAUGCUGCGGCGACUUCCAGGCUGUCCGCAACCUGGACGACCUGGAGACAAUGGCCUGCCCGCCCAAGUACAGGUCCAUGCAGACGUUCUACAAAUACUACAGCGGAGAGCGGGUGGCGCCCUUCCCCACGCUGUUCAUCGGCGGCAACCACGAGGCCGCCAACCACCUGUGGGAGCUCUACUACGGCGGCUGGGCCGCACCCAACAUCUACUUCAUGGGCUACGCGGGAGCAGUCAGGUUUGGCGGCCUGCGUAUCGCCGGCCUGAGCGGCAUCUACAAGAGCCACGACUACACGCGCGGCCACCACGAGGCGCUGCCCUACACCGACUCCACCAUCCGCUCCAUGUACCACGUGCGCGACUUCGAGGUGUAUCGGCUGCUGCAGCUGCUCACGCCCACCGACAUCUUCCUGUCCCACGACUGGCCCACGAACAUUGCGCGCUACGGCAACACCGCACAGCUGCUGUCCAGGAAGUCCUUCCUGCGCUCCGAGGUGGAGGACGGCAGCCUGGGCUCGCCACCCGCCGCCCAGCUGCUGCAGGCGCUGCGGCCCGCCUACUGGUUCUCUGCGCACCUGCACACCAAGUUCGCGGCGCUGGUGCAGCACCCGCCUGCGCCCGCGGCUGCGGGUGCCGCUGCGGCUGCGGGUGGGGGCGCCGGCGCGGAGCGGCAAAGCGGAGGAGCCGAGGGCGCUGAGGGCGCAGCGGGGCCGGGGCCAGGCUCAGCAGCGGCAGCGGCAGGAGCAGGCGGGGCAGGGCCUGGUGCAGGGCCGCCGGGUGCGGGCGGCUUCCCCACCACGCGCUUCCUGGCUCUGGACAAAUGCCUGCCGGGGCGAGACUUCCUGCAGGUGUUGGAGCUGGAGGCUCCGGCCGACUGGCACGACGACGGCUCGCCGCUACAGCUGUGCUACGACCCGGAGUGGCUCGCGGUGCUGCGCGGCACACACCACCUCACCAACCUGCGCUUCAGACACCAGGCGCUGCCGGGCAUGGGCCAGCUGCGCAGCGGGCCGCGGCCGGCAGACCUGGAGUACGUGCAGCAGGCGCUGGCGGCGCGCGGCGGCGCCACCAUCCCCCACAACUUCACCGUCACCGCGCCGCCCUACGACCCCGCGGCGGGGCAGCGCAAGGGCCGCAUGCCGCAGCGCCACGAGCGCAACCCGCAGACGGUGGCGCUGAUGGAGCUGCUGGGGCUGCCGUACAACCUCGACCACUCAGAGCUGCACGGCGGGCCGGGCGGGCCGCCGCCGGGGGCUGGCGGCGGCGAGCGGGGGCGGGAGGGCGGCGGCGGCGCGCGCAACAUCGGGCGCAUCGACUUUGGAGGCACGGCGUCGCGAGCGCCGCUCACGCUGGCGCCGCGUGUGCCGGCGGUGGCGGCGCCCAACCCGGAGGAGAUCGACCUGGACCUGGACGACGACGACGAGGAGGAUGCGGGGGCGGCGGCGGCGGCGGGCACAGGAGGCGAGGCGGGGGCGGGGGCGGGCGGGGCCGCGGGGGAGGAUGACGACGCGCCGCCUUCGGACGGCGAGGGUGAAGGCGGGCCGAGCGGGGCAGCGGCGGCGGCGGCGGAUGACCCAAUGUUUAAGCCCAUUGACUUGUGAAGGGCCGGCAGUGGCGGCCAGGGGAGGUCGUGUACCGACGCGGCAUUCGGCAAUGAGGCACAUGGGUUGCUUGCACGUGGGUAGCGGGGGCUGCAGUUGCUGCAUGGGGGUGGUGUGCGGCUUGAGGGCGGCCAGGGGCAUCCCUGGGGGCACUGGAUGUGGGCGCGUUCGUGAUGGAACAUGGCAAGGGGCACU